GUCAUGUUAUCGAGUCAAUCGAUAAUCCGCUGGAGCUUUCCAGGAGCCCCACUUCUUGGCGCCCCACUGAUCUCCCCAAUCGGGACAGCUGAGCUCUGACGGGAAGGAAAGAGGCUGGACGGGAGAUGUCAUGAGAGAGUACCUAGGUAGGUACGGAGUACUGCAGCCGAGGACUGCGCCUGCCUUUUCUGAUAGAUAAAUGACAGCGAGGUCCUGCCUAAACCGUUCUCCCUCUCUCCCACUUCCUUCCAACAAUUUCCUUCCCCUCUUCCUCUCUCUCUCUCUCUCUCUCUCUCUUUCUCUCUCACCCACAUUCAUCCUCUUGUCUAGCAAUUAUUGACCAUCCAAUAUUGUUUCAUCUCUCCCAUCUGCUUAUCUCAUCUGCUCAUUUGUGAUCACCUUUUAACUCUGUCCACUAUUUUCAAAUCAAACUUCCAGAUCACCAUGAAGUACUCCCCUCUCGAAGUGGCCCUUGGCUUCCUGUCUACGGCUGCUGUCGUGGUAGGCCAGACCUAUACGGAUUGCAACCCACUCGAUACAACGUGCCCCGCGGAUACUGCUCUGGGCAAGUCUGCCAGUUAUGAUUUCACUCAGGGUGCCUCUUCGGAUUGGACUGCUACAGGCACAGUCACCUAUGAUAGCACCAAUGGCGCCGCUUUCACUGUCGCUAAGCAAGGCGAUGCUCCCCUGAUCCAGUCCAACUGGUACAUCAUGUUUGGGAAGAUCGAGUAUACCAUCCAGGCCGCCCCUGGAACCGGUAUUGUCAGCAGCGCCGUGCUGCAGUCGGACGAUCUCGACGAGAUUGACUGGGAAUGGCUGGGUGGCGAUGACACCCAGGUGCAGACCAACUACUUUGGUAAGGGUGACACCUCGACCUACAACCGUGGUGCCUAUAGCGCAAACGCUGGCAACCACGAUGGCUUUCACACCUACACGGUUGAGUGGACGAGCACCGAGACCAUCUGGCAGAUUGACGGCCAGACCAUUCGCACCCUGACUCCCGCCACCGCGGACACCAACCAGUACCCUCAGACCCCCAUGAUGGUCAAGGUCGGCAUCUGGGCCGGUGGCGAUCCUACCAACUCCGAGGGGACCAUUCAAUGGGCGGGCGGUUUGACCGACUACAGCGCCGGACCGUACACCAUGUACUUGAAGUCUCUCUCUGUUACCGACUACUCCACUGGCAAAUCCUACUCGUACGGAGACAAGACUGGAACCUGGGAAUCUAUCACCUCGGACGGAGGCCAGAUCAAUGGCAACGACGGAUCGGCGCCCGCUGUCUCGACGGUUUCAGCCCCGACGGUGACCUCGACUGACGAUGCUCCGGAACCUUGGAGUGGCACGCACAAGGAGACCUCGACCGCUUCGUCUCAUACCACCUGGCCCUGGGUUUCCACCACGUUGGCCUCUACCACGUCUCUCCCUACUAGCUGGACCUCUGGCACGGGGACUGUCCAGCCAGCUCCUGUGAGUGAGCACCUCCCCUCUACCUCGGCAUCUGGUUCUUCUGCUUCUACCAGCAAAUCAACCUCGACUGGUGCUGAAGUGAGCACCCUUGCCACCAACAGUGCGUCUGCUGCUGCCCAGAAUCAUCAAGCGUCGUCUUCGGCCACUGUUGCCCCAUCGACUGCCGGUGCAGACCGCAUGAUUGAGAUGCCCGCCACCAUGGGCGCACUGUGUGCACUCUUGGGCGUCACUUUCGCUUUCUUCUAAGCGAUUUUCUUACCUGGUUAUUGAACUAUCACUGGUUCGGACAAACAUUGUAUAUUUUGGUCCGACCCUGGAAUCCGGAAGUAUCAUGACGUGAUGAAAACAAAUUUUUUCCCCUAACCUGAGGAAAGGGAUUCUCUUGUAUAAUUUUUACUGCAGGGAUUGGCGUCGCCCUUUCUAGGGAGGAUUGUUUUAUUCUUUUUUUUUUUUUUUUUUACAGCCCACGCUCCUUGAUGUGCAUACGAACGGUUACGGUUGGUGUCGACACCGCUGUCAGUUAGCUGCUGACGUUCCACUGGCGAUUAUCU